AUGCCGGUGGACUCUCUGGGCUGUGUGGAGGAGAUCUGGCAUUCCAGGAAACAGAAACGGGGCUGCGGUCCUGCACACACAGAUCAACGGGUGGACACGGGCACCGUGCCUCUAAUUCUGGAGGGCCUAGCAAACACACGAGAGCUGCUCAGCACGGAUCUUCAGUGGGCCUUCGCUUGUAUUUGCGCCAGAAGCAGCUGUGGAAGAUUUGCUGAAAAGAACCAAAGCUCCCAGGGAGCAGAGGAGGGGGAAGUGGUGGCCUCUGACGACCAGAGAAGGCCGUGGCGGACGGGGGAGAUGCCGGAAGAAUGUUGGGCCUGCGAGAGCCGAGGAACAGUGAGCCACAAGUUGGAAUGUCUGAAACUGACCUCUUUGGUUGACGAAUGUUUGCAGGUGACCAAGAACCGGCUUCCAACCUGUCAGGCCAGCAACGUGCCUGGAGAGACCCUUGUUCACUACGCCGACGGGCUCACGCAGGACACUUUCAAAAUAUGCAAGGAAUUCCUGCGGCCUUUUAAGAAGUGUCUUCGGAAGCUGAAUUUGCCCAAAGAUUUCCCAGAAGAGAAGAGGCUGCAGAGCACCCGGAAGAACUUGACCAUCUUGGGGGACCACAUCAGUAUGUUCCUCCAACACUAUUGCAAAACAUGGGAGCUGAAGCACUGGAAGAAGAUGCUCUGGAGGUUCGUCUCUCUCUUCUCUGCGCUCGACGAGAAGCAGCUGUGCAAACUCUACAGAUACACCAAGACUGACCAAACGGCCAAGUUCUUGAAGGCCUACUGUCGCCUGGAGAGCCUGAGUGGGGUUACCCUCCGCGAUGACGGCAAUCUGUCGAAGCUGCGCAAAACCUGGGGGCUCCACGGGGGCCCCGCGACGCAGGAGAAGCUGAGCCACCCGAAGAAGAGGCUCCAGAAGAGUUCAGGGAGAAGACGGAAGACAGGCACUGGCCCGCCUUCAUCUUCGUGCCAUACAACUGCCUCGCCUCGGAGCAAAGGGGAAGGGUUUGCCUCAGCACGCCAAGCAGGCCCGGAGGAUGGAGCUUCGGCAGGUCCAGCGUUUGCCAAAAGACACAAAGAAUAAAAUAAAAAAGGCCACCAACAGUCCAAUGAUGAAGCUGUUCUGUAGAACUUAGAAAUAUGUUCAUGACUUGGUGUGAAGUUUUGCUUGGUCCUAAAGGAGACCACAGCCUGCCUAGAAGGUUGGGGAUUCUUCUGAUAUCCCAACCUACGCAUUCUGGGUGCCUGUCAUGGAUAGGCAGGAGGGGGAAUUUUGGCAUGGACGCUUCUCUCCCCCCUGUAUCGUAAGCCAGUUACUGAAAUUCUCCCUUUUUGAGAACUUGGGCAACACGCUACCCUCCUCUUCAGCAGAAGGCAAAUCCAGGUUCAGGGCAUGCAAAGGGGCCUUCUCCGACAGCAAGAUGGUCCCUUUCGGGCACUGCGCUGCCUGCAGAAUUGAGAUGCUCCUGUUUCCAUUGGUUACUUGGUCCCAGCAGAGGCUGGGCAAGCAGAGUACUUGAAAGAAAGCGAAGUAAGAACAGUUGGCCAUCCAACAGCAGGCUCGUCCCACUGACCAGGAGUGCUUAGAAGUUGCUGCAACUUAUUUCCUUUCCUCCAACAGACAGAUUUGGAGUGGACUGGAUGGAUUAGUGGCUGAAAGCAUUAAGGCAGCUCUAUUAUGCCUUUGAAUUUGUGGAGUCGGUGCCAGAUCCUGGGGAAUUCCUGUUCAGCCUUCAAGUUCAAUGCGAUGACCGCCUGAAGCAGGCAGGACAAGGGCUGAGUAACCUCCUAGGAAGAAAGCUGGGAUACAAUUGCCCAUAACGCCACCACAACUUGUUGAGCUCGACACAACGGGUGGUCUUGGGACCUCCCCUUUUGUGACCCGCAGACUCAAUGCAGUUAGACCUCUGCGGGGCAAGAGUUUGUUUUGGUCCCUGCUUCCAACAGCAGGUGCCUUUCCCCCAGCGUCUAGUGGAACAAGAGCUUGGAGUAGAAGUUCUCUGAGAACUCCAGAGAGGCUGCUACGCUUUCCCACGGCUGCCAGCUUGUUUCGUUGCCUCGCACGCUGGCCCAGGGGACAGAGGUGGUGUGGAGAGGAGCCGGGGCUGCCUUGCUCACUAGGUUCCAGCCUGUCAAACGUGCAAGAGGUAGCCGCGAGGGGAAAGAGCAGCAAGGACAUGGGAAGAGGCUACUGGGAGUCUUCCCAGAGGCAGUGAACGGAUGAAAGGGUUUACCGCUGACACGGCAUUGCUCAGAUGCGGCAGGAAGUUCAACGAAUCAGCCUUCUCCAGUUUGAUGUUUGCAACACAUAUAGAGCACAGGGGUUUGGACGAGACUGACAUACGCCCAGCCCCAAAAAGGCAGCAUGGGUGGGAAGCCCACAGUGUUCCCCCACAGGUGAGAUGGGAUAACUACGUGGUACUGUGACAGCACGGAGAGGCAGCUCGUGGGGCCCACCAGGGCUUCCAAGAAAAUAUCCUGGGCACCACCAUGAAAUGGACGUCACAGGCCAAAGGCAUUCUUGGGGAAGGAAGAUGCUGGCAGCCAGGGGUUCUCGAAAUGGUCUCGGCAGAUUGUCAUGGGUUGGGGUUAGCCAAAUGAAAAGUGGGGAAGAAAAGGGACAUCAAAGGUGUGUCUCAGAGCCACGGGCUUCAUUUUGACAACUUGUGCAUUUCACUAUCUGUAACCUUACCGAGUUGGAUCACUGCACCACCACCUUUACUGGCCUGAUUUCAAACGAAGAAUCCUCAAAUUCUGCCAUCCUUCCACACAGGGAAUGUUUAGAACAACGCACCGUCAACAACCAGGAGUCGUCAGAGCCCUUCCUAAACGCACCGGCUUUCCAC